AUGCAUCUCAUUGUCGUAAACCACGAUAUAGGACUCGAAGUUCUCGGUCAGGUAUUUGACUUUACGCGAAAAUGGGAACAUGAUGCUGUGGCAUUUCCGAUACUUUGUUGGUAUUUUCGACUUUUACGGACACUCAUGAUUUGUAGCUUGGCUGCCAUUAGUUGCUUCGGAACGCUGUGGAUAUGUACUCCUGUCAUUUUUUACGCUUUCACGGGCAAGAUGAUUGUCGCUGCUGAACUAUAUUUGCCCUUGGUGGAUUACAGGAAACAUCCGGGCUUUGAGAUGCAUUUGGUAUUUCACGCUUUUUGUAUUUUUUUCUCAAUAAUUGGUAUAGCAUCAGUUACUUUCCAAAUUUUGACACUUUUUGUAUCACUUUGCUCGCAAAUCGACAUUUUAUCUGAGCGAGUUACGGCUUUGGCGGAGUACAUUCGAAAUAAUCACGAAAAAUGGAAGGAUAACAAAAGUGAUGAGAUCCUCGUGAAAACCUUGCGAGACAUCUACGAAGAUCAUCAGAGCACCAUAGAGUUCCUCGAUAACUUGGAAGAUUUGCUCUCGUAUCAGCAAAUGACGGAUCACAUGUUUUUCGGAUUUCAAAUUUGUUUGGCGCUGUUUAUUGUGAUGCAAGAAGUUUGGAUACCUGGUUAUUAUAUCGUGAUUUCGGGAACUUUUAUUGUCUUUACGAUUGAUGCCUUGGGUACGAUCAUUGAUGUAAAGUUGGAAAAAUUUUCGGCAAAAACUUAUGAUGUUCCAUGGUACUUGAUGACUGUGAAAGAUCAGAAGAAUUUUUGCUUUUUCUUGGCUCAUACGCAAAGUUGCGAUCGAUUGACGUUGUACGGAAGACUUCCGUUGAAUUUGGAUACAUUUGUGCGAUUUUACAAAGGAAUUUAUUCGUAUUUGAUGAUUUUGAGAGAAGUUGAAAAUUAA